CCAACAAACUGUAACCAUGUCAACGAACGCGCAUAUAUAUCAAACAAAAUUUCAACAUCUUUUUUGUAAUAUUAUACUAAAAUGAUAUGAAUCGGACCAAACCUUCGCAAGGGCCGUCGCCAAGGUCGAUGUUUGGAAGCUCGGUCAAUAGUCGUCCGCGGCUGUCUUUCUCAUCUUCUCCUUCUGAUGUGGUCUUCUCAAGAUGGGAAUACCACGAGUCGUCGUCAACAUCGAAAGUUGGAAACUCUUCCAAAAACCAUCAUCCCGAAGUCCCAUAUCGCCAGCUGCCGGUUCACCUAAAGUCCGAGGAACUUGGCCAGGCGAAGCUGACGUCAAAUUGACACGGGCUGUGGAUACACCGCUGAACGGCGGUUUAUCCAACAGCCGUUUCCUGACUGUUUCCUUUUCUAUCCUCAAUGCAUCCGGGGUGAAAAACGCCAGAAACGACGAUCGAUAGCUUUUCAGGCAUCUGGAAUAGUUUGUUCAGCAAAAUCUGACUGUGGCGUAUAGAGAAAACUGUGCAGAGUGCAAUGGGUAGCAGGUAAAUGGCAAUUAAACGUAUUCAAACGGCGAAAUUCGUAAAAAGUUGAGCAGUGAUAUCCGAGUAGCACCAACUUGAAACGGCAUAGGCGAAAAACAUCUAACCCGACUGACCAGGAGUGUGAAACUUCCCAGAGUUCCCGUCGAGGGUCGUUAUGGAAGCGAGGCAAAAUAUGACACCGAAAAAGAUAAUCGACCGUUUAAUGAUGAAAGUUACACAAAAAGCCAUUGUUCUAGUAAAAAGAUUGGAUGCUGAAGAUAUUGCCAAGUUCAAAGCUGAAUUGAAGAACGAAAAGACUGAAUUUUCUCAACAUCCAGCCGAACUAGAACCUUGUUCGAAAAGAAGAAAACUAAACGAUAGUAGAGACGAUACACCAAAUUGCUUGAUCGACAAAUGUGCAAUCGACCGAUCUUCAUCUCACAUUAGCAAUGCCAAUACGGCGGACUUGGAAAUCUCUGAUCAGCUCGUAAAUGUGAUUAAAGAGUCGGCAAUAGAUGAAACGAUGUUGGUCGAAGACAAUCAUGUUGUUACUACUAGUAGUCAAGAAUCUGAUGUCUCUGAUCAUCUCCAACAGCCAGCUGUAAUUAGCGAGAAUUGUUUUUUAAGUCUGCAAAAUAUUACACGAAAAGCCGUUGUUCGGGUAAAAAGAUUGCAUGCUAAAGAUAUUGCCAAACUCAAAGCUGAAUUGAAGAACGAAAAGACUGAAUUUUCUCAACAUCCAGCCGAACUAGAACCUUGUUCGAAAAGAAGAAAACUAAACGAUAGUAGAGGCGAUACACCAAUUGGCUUAAUCGACGAAUGUGCUAUCGACCGAGCUUUAUCUCACAUUAGCAAUGCCAAUACGGCGGACUUGGAAAUAUCCGAUCAUCUCGUAAAUGUGACUGAAGACAAAGAGGCGGCAAUAGACGAAACGAUAUUGGUCGAGGACAAUCGUGUUGUUACUAUUAGUAGUCAAAAAUCUGAUGACUCUGAUGUUCACAAAUUUCGAGUAAAAAUAUUCGAUGCUGAAGAUAUUGAUAAACUCAAAGCUUCCUUAAUCGACGAAUGUGCUAUCGACCGAGCUUCGUCUCGCAUUAGCAAUGCCGAUACGGCGUACUUGGAAAUCUCGGAUCAGCUCGUGAAUGUGACUGGAGACAAAGAGGCGGCAAUAGACGAAACGGUAUUGGUCGAGCACAACCGUGUUGUUACUAUCGAUAGUAGUAAUCGAGAAUCUGAUGACUCUGGUGAUCUCCAACGGCCAGCUACAAUUAGCGAGAACAGUUUAAUCGGCAAGAUUCGUGUUCGCGAUGUGCGAUCAAUGAUGACCGACAAGAUGUUGCGAAGAUUUUACAUUACGUUCUACGACGUCGCCACAAGGCCGUUUGGCAAUAGACGUGCUUCGAAAAAACGCACUGUUCAAGUGAGGAUUGCGAACUAUGAUGUGUGAGACUUGUGCGCGGCGUCCGUCAAAUACUGUUCGUUUCGAGUGUGAAAUGAAUAUGAUUUUUUUGUCACAAAAUGUAAUUAAUAAACAGAAAAUAUUCACUGUUCGAUCGUUUUUUUGUAGAACUCGGAUUGGUUUGACGAACACCACGAACGUUGUAAACAGACGUUGCCUUCGUAACCGGUUAAUGUGUAACUAUUUUAUGUGUCUUGUGUGUAAUUUAUGUGAAUUCUUUAAUUUUUAUUAUUUUAUAACAUUA